UUACUGUUUUUUUGUAUAUUUGCUACAGAGGUGGUUUAUGGACAAGUUCGAUAUUCUAUUCCAGAGGAAAUGGUAACAGGAUCGUUUGUUGGUAAUAUUGCACAAGAUUUGGGAUUAGAAGUUAAGAGAUUGAAAUCUGGCAGAGCCCGUAUCGUUACUGAAGACAGUCUGCAGUACAUUGAAUUAAACGCAGACAAAGGGACACUGGUCGUUAAUGACAGAAUAGACAGGGAACAGCUAUGUAGACAAAUUUCGCCAUGCAGUUUCAACUUUGAAGUAAUUCUGGAAAAUCCCAUGGAAUUGCAUAGUGUUACUGUUGAUAUUGUAGACGUUAACGAUAAUGCUCCUACGUUUCCUAAAAAUAAAAUUAUCUUAGAAAUUAGUGAAUCAGCUGUGCCAGGAACUCGAUUCUUACUGGAAAGCGCUGUCGACCCUGAUGUUGGCAUUAAUUCUCUUCAAAGUUAUACUCUUAAACCGACAGAACAUUUUAGUCUAAAGCUACACACCCGUCCUGAUGGUAGUAAAUAUGUAGAGAUGAUGCUCCAAACUCCACUAGAUAGAGAAAAGAGAGAUAAGAUGUAUUUAACAUUAACUGCUGUUGAUGGUGGGAAUCCUCAGAGGUCGGGCACAGCGGAAAUAACCAUUGUUGUUCUAGAUGCCAAUGAUAAUGCUCCCGUGUUUAGUCAGACACUUUAUAAAGCUGCUGUGUUUGAAAAUGCAUUAAAAGGUACGUUAGUGACGACAGUAAACGCAACAGAUGCAGAUAUAGAAUUUGAUGGAGCCGUUACCUACUCGUUUACUCACAUUACAGAUAGUGUUAGUGCACUUUUUGAUCUAAACCAAAAUACUGGUGAAAUUAAAGUGGCAGGGCAAAUUGAUUUUGAAAAAGCUCACAAUUAUGAGAUAAACAUCCAAGCAAAUGACAACGGUGGCCUCACUGAUUCUUGCAAAGUAAUCAUUGAAAUCGUCGAUGUAAAUGAUAACAUCCCUGUUAUAAAUGUAAUGUCUUUCUCGAAUUCUAUUCCUGAAGACUCGUUGCCAGGGAUUACCAUAGCUAUUAUAAAUGUCAAAGACCUUGACUCAGGGAAAAACGGACAAGUUAGUUGUACAAUAAACAAAAAGUUUCCGUUUACGAUAAAGUCAUCUUUAAAAAAUUAUUAUACCUUGGUGACUGAGAGUACUUUGGAUAGAGAACAGGUAUCCGAAUAUAAUAUAACAAUUACAGCCACGGACGAAGGUUCGCCACCUCUCUCCAGUAGCACAACAUUAACGUUGAAAAUAUCUGAUGUUAAUGAUAAUGCACCAUUAUUCGAUAGCUACGUAUAUACCACAUAUGUAAUGGAAAAUAUCGCCCCAGGAUUAUCUAUAUUUUCUGUUGAAGCCAAAGACUCGGACUGGCACCAGAAUGCUCGUAUAUUUUACUCAUUGGAAGAAACACAGAUUAAUGGAACACCUGCAUCGUCAUACAUUUCCAUUAACUCAGACAGUGGAAUACUUUACGCAGUGCGCUCCUUUGAUUAUGAACAAAUCAGAGAAUUCGAAAUCUACGUUAAAGCGCAGGAUGGAGGUUCUCCUCCUCUUAGUAGCAACGUGACUGUAAACAUCUUUGUGCAAGACCAGAACGACAAUGCGCCUCAGAUUCUCUAUCCAGUACAAACUGAAGGCUCUCUGGUGGCUGAAAUGGUGCCUCGUUCAGCUGAUGUUGGCUAUCUCGUGACUAAAGUGGUAGCUGUUGAUGCUGACUCUGGACAGAAUGCGUGGCUUUCAUACAAACUGCACAAAGCUACAGACAGGACACUUUUUGAAGUGGGACUGCAAAAUGGGGAGAUAAGGACGUUGCGCCAGGUUGUUGACAAAGAUGCUGUGAAACAAAGACUCGUUGUUUUAGUGGAGGACAAUGGUCAGCCCUCUCGUUCAGCUACAGUGAAUGUGAACGUGGCGGUUGCAGACAGCUUCCCUGAAGUACUUUCAGAAUUUAGCGACGUCAAAGAAGAUAAAAAUUACAAUGACAGUCUGACAUUUUAUUUAGUCGUGUCAUUGGCUACAGUUUCCUUUCUUUUUAUUGUCUCCAUUAUAAUUGUGUUGUUAGUAAAGUUCUGCAAAUGGAGACAAUCCAGACUGUUUUAUAAAUCAAAUGGAAACCUCCCUGCUAUUCCAUAUUACCCACCCCAGUAUGCAGACGUUGAUGACAGGAACACUUCGACAUGUGUACAAUUACGAGGUGUGUUUAACAACUGACUCGGGAAAGAGCGAAUUCAAAUACAUCAGACCUUGUAGCCAAGGUUUUUUAAGUGCUGACCCGAGUGCUGCAGAGACCAUGCUGCACGCGCAUAAGGAGAGGAAUCUAAUUGAUGACACAGACCCUAC